CCGCCAUCAUGCCGGCACCUGCCAACAUGGAAGGUGGCCCGGGCGCUGUUGCCGGGAGGGAACGCGGCGCUCCGGGCUCCGGAGCGGCGGCGGCGACGGUCCGCGAGCUUCUGCCGGAUGAAUGUUACAGUGAUUUUUUAAGUGAAGACUUUGAUGUGAAGUCUUACACUUCUCAGUCUAUUCAUCAAGCUGUUAUUGCUGAACAACUCGCAAAACUUGCCCAGGGAAUCAGUCAGCUGGAUAAAGAACUACACCUACAGGUUGUUGCAAGACAUGAAGAUUUACUGGCGCAAGCAACUGGGAUUGAGUCUUUGGAAGGUGUCCUUCAGAUGAUGCAGACAAGAAUUGGUGCUUUGCAAGGAGCUGUUGAUAGGAUGAAAGCAAAAAUUGUUGAACCGUACAAUAAAAUAGUGUCUCGUACUGCACAACUAGCAAGACUUCAGGUUGCCUGUGAUUUACUUCGGAGAAUAAUUCGCAUUUUGUAUCUCAGUAAGAGACUCCAAGGACAACUGCAAGGGGGCAGUAAAGAGAUAACGAAAGCUGCUCAGAGUCUUAAUGAACUUGAUUAUCUUUCACAAGGAAUAGAUCUUUCUGGAAUAGAAGUAAUAGAGAAUGACCUUCUUUUUAUUGCACGAGCUCGACUGGAAGUAGAAAAUCAAGCCAAGCGCCUAUUGGAGCAGGGUGUCGAAACCCAGAACCCAACUCAAGUUGGAACAGCCCUUCAGGUGUUUUAUAAUCUUGGAGCUUUGAAGGACACUAUCGCUGACCUCAUGGAUGGGUACCGUGCUACGUUAGAAGAAAAUAUCAACAGUGCAUUAGAUAUCAAAGUUCUGACUCAGCCUUCCCAGUCAGUUGUGAGAGGGGGACCUGGGCGAUCUACUAUGCCAACCCCAGGAAACACUGCAGCUUUCCGUGCUUCCCUUUGGACCAACAUAGAGAAACUUAUGGAUCAUAUAUGUAAUGUUUGUGGACAGGUUCAACAUCUACAAAAAAUAUUAGCUAAGAAGAGAGAUCCUGUUUCUCACAUUUGUUUUAUUGAAGAAAUAGUGAAGGAUGAGCAAUCUGAAAUUUUAUACUCUUUCUGGAAUUCAAUCACUCAAGCACUUACUUCUCAAUUUCAUAUGGCAACAAAUUCCUCUAUGUUUUUGAAACAGGCAUUUGAAGGAGAAUAUCCUAAAUUAUUGCGUCUUUAUAACGAUUUAUGGAAGCGUCUUCAACAGUACAGCCAAACUAUUCAAGGGAAGUUUAAUGCCAGUGGAGCUACUGAUCCCUAUUUUGACCUCCAACACUUGGAAGAUGAUACACAGGACAUAUUCAUACCCAAAAGGCCAGACUAUGAUCCAGAAAAAGCUUUGAAAGACUCUCUGCAACCUUAUGAAGCAGCUUACUUAUCAAAAUCCUUAUCAAGACUCUUUGAUCCCAUCAACUUGGUUUUCCCUCCUGGUGGUCGUAAUCCUCCUUCUGCAGAUGAACUUGAUGGUAUCAUUAAAACGAUAGCAAGUGAAUUAAACGUAGCUGCUGUUGAUGCAAAUCUCACAUUAGCUGUGUCAAAAAAUGUGUCAAAGACCAUCCAGUUGUAUGGUGUAAAAUCGGAGCAGCUUCUCUGUACACAAGGAGAUGCAAGUCAAGUUAUUGGACCUCUUACAGAAGGGCAAAGAAGAAAUGUAGCAGUAGUGAAUUCAUUGUUUAAGUUGCACCAAUCAGUAACAAAGGUGAUUUCCAGUCAGAGCUCUUUCCCACCAGCAGCUGAACAAACUAUAAUUUCAGCCCUAAAGACAAUACAUGAUCUUAUGGGAAAUGCAGUGCAGCCUUUACUGACAUCUGUGGGAGAUGCUAUUGAGGCCAUAAUCAUCACCAUGCAUCAAGAAGACUUUUCUGGAUCAGUAUCAGGCUUAGGAAAGCCUGAUAUUCCUUGUUCUCUGUACAUGAAGGAGCUUCAAGGUUUUAUUGCCAGAGUUAUGAGUGAUUAUUUUAAGCACUUUGAAUGCUUGGAUUUUGUCUUUGACAACACUGAAACUAUUGCUCAAAGAGCAAUUGAACUGUUUAUUCGCCAUGCCAGUUUCAUAAGACCUCUUGGUGAAAAUGGAAAAAUGCGACUUGCUGCUGAUUUCGCACAGAUGGAGUUGGCUGUGGGUCCAUUCUGUAGAAGAGUAUCUGAUUUAGGAAAGUCCUAUAGAAUGCUGAGAUCAUUCAGACCACUGCUUUUCCAGACCAGUGAACAUGUGGCCAACAGUCCUGCUCUAGGGGACCUUAUUCCAUUCAGCACUAUCAUUCAGUUUUUGUUCACAAGAGCUCCUGCCGAGUUAAAAUCUCCCUUCCAGCGGGCAGAAUGGUCCCAUGCACGCUUCUCUCAGUGGCUAGAUGACCACCCAUCAGAAAAGGACAGACUUAUUCUCAUCAGGGGAUCCCUAGAAGCAUACGUUCAGUUGGUGAAAAGUAGAGAUGGCAAAGAAUUUGCACCGGUUUAUCCCAUAAUGGUUCAACUGCUUCAAAGAGCGAUGGCUGCUUUUCAGUAAUAAUGGGAAGAAUUUGCUAAUCAUUUUGUUUCCGCCAGCCAGGGUUUGCAGUUAAAUUAAACAUAUACUCUAAAGACAGCUAAUAACUGUAAUAUAAUAAUGUAAUAGAUUUUCCAGUACUUCCUAUUAAUGUUGUUGAUCUUUCUAAAGUCUAUUUAAUAUGAUUUGUCAUUGCCUUUAAACCUCAUGAAUGUUCUUUUUCCAGAAAAACGUCCAACUAUCUCAAAUAUCC